UUUAACCUUUACCUUUAUUGUUAAGCCAUUCCCAUUAAUCAAGAUAGCCAAUCCCAAAGUCCUACUACUAAUUGUCCAAGUGGAUCAUUACCUUGAUAAACUGAAAACAAAGUCAAGCAUUAAGGUCUUAGUUAAUCAAUUCAAUCCAAUUAAUCUCUUACUUUAUAGUCAAUAUUUAUGACUUUUCUCUUUCUCUCUCUCUCUCUCUCAAUCAAGCACAUUCAUAUUACAUAUGCACAACCCCACCAACUCUACUGAAGUGUUUACUGAUCUUUUGUUAUGCUUAAAGUGAAGUGGGGUUAUGCUUUUUUGUUUCAUCUCUUACUUACAUUUUUCUCUCUAAAACAAUGAUCACACUACUUUCACAAUUCUCAUGUCUUCAAUGAUUAAUGUUUAAUAACAUGAAACUUUGGUGUUUUCCACCAAAUUCAGUUUUGUACUAUUACUGACCUGUCUUGAAACAUAGGUUUAUGUUUUACUUUCACAUGCAUUCUAGUUUUGCUUCAUAGGUUUCUGUUUCUACUAGAUUCUCUUCAAUUUUGUUCUGUCAUUGGUUUUUUGGUGAAAGCUGAGAGAUUUUCUCUAUUGAUCUAGCUCUUCUUUAGCAGAAAAUGGGAGUGUUUCUAAUUUUUCUGAUAUUUAUGCUACAUUUUGUCCUCAGUAAUCAACAGCUUCAUGAAUUUUCAGACACCAAUCUACCUCAUUUCAGAACCAGAAGUCAUUUAAGUAUUGCAGUCCCGCCAACAGUGUCUUCUUCUCAUGUUCGUUCAAGUAUUGCACAACCACCUGACAAGUCAUCGUCCGGCGUUCCUAGAAGUAUUGCAUUUCCACAUUCCAAGUCACCUGACAAAGCUCCUAGAAAGGUAUGGAAACAUGGUUCUUUGGGUUCUCCAAUAUCACAUCAUAAGCAUCAUCAUCAUUCCCGAAUAAAGAACGAAAAUCGUACUCCAGGGACGAACUCUCCAAUCCAGGCUCCUUCUUACAGCAGUCAAGGUCCUUCAGUUUUCAAAGCACAACCUCCUUUCUCUUCACCGAAGAGCAAGUUUAUUCAUGCACCUGCACCGUCACCAGCAUUUUGGUCAGGCCAUCUGGAUGUGCCGUAUCCUUCGCCUAGAAUUUCACCUCUAGGUUCACCAUUGAACAAGAUUAAGACUCCACCACCAGCAUAUACAUUGGUUCUUCCCCCUCCACCUCCUAAUAAAGAUUGCUUGUCCGUUACUUGUUCGGAGCCGUUGACAUACACACCUCCUGGAUCACCUUGUGGUUGUGUAUGGCCACUUCAAGUUAAACUCCGCAUUGGUAUUUCAAUAUACAAGUGUUUUCCUCUUGUUUCAAAGCUAGCUGAUGAAAUUGCAGCGAGUGCUAUGCUGAACCAUACACAAGUUCGUAUUAUGGGAGCCGAUGCAGCUAACCAGCAACUAGAUAAGACCAAUAUUAUCAUAAACUUGGUACCUAAAGGCGUAAAAUUUGACAAUACUGCAGCAUUUUUAAUAUACAAGAAAUUCUGGCACAGGGAGAUUCUAAUAGAUGAUUCCCUCUUUGGUGCUUAUGAAGUACUUUAUGUUCAUUAUCCAGGUCUUCCGCCAUCUCCACCUUCAAUUCCCUCAGGUGUUUCUAGUAUAGAUGAUGGUCCAAAUCCUGGUCGUGACAACAACGGAAUGAUGAUGAAACCUUUAGGAGUAGCUUUACCAAACAAAGAAAAAGAAGGGAGCAACGGAAGAAUGAUUUUUAUAAUUGUACUGUCAUCAAUUACUGCUUUUGUUCUAUUCCUUGGACUUGCUUGGCUUUGUCUGUUGAAAUACAGUUGUUGUACUCAUCAACAUGAACACGUUUCAGAUAGCUUAAUGUCAACUUCUUCAAAACAGUUAAGGGUUUCCGGGUCAUUAAAUCAUGGGAUUAUGUCAGGAUCUGGAUCACGAUCCUUCAAUUCAGGAAUGAUAGCAUAUACAGGGUCCGCCAAGAAUUUUACCUUGAAUGACUUAGAGAAAGCAACAAAUAACUUUGACACUUCUAGAAUAUUAGGAGAAGGUGGCUUUGGACUUGUUUACAAAGGUGUUCUAAAUGAUGGGAGAGACGUAGCAGUAAAGAUUCUCAAAAGAGAGGAUCGACGUGGUGGCCGCGAAUUCCUGGCAGAAGUUGAGAUGCUUAGCCGACUGCACCAUAGAAAUUUAGUUAAAUUGAUAGGUAUAUGCAUAGAGAAACAAACUCGUUGCCUAGUCUAUGAGCUUGUCCCUAAUGGAAGUGUGGAAUCCCACUUGCAUGGUGCUGACAAGGAAAGCGAUCCAUUGGAUUGGAAUGCCCGGAUGAAGAUUGCUCUUGGUGCAGCUCGGGGAUUGGCUUAUCUGCACGAAGAUUCCAAUCCUUAUGUCAUACACCGGGACUUCAAGUCCAGUAACAUCUUGUUGGGACAUGAUUUUACAGCCAAGGUUUCAGAUUUUGGAUUGGCUAGAACAGCUCUGGAAGAUGGAAACAAGCACAUCUCCACACAUGUCAUGGGAACAUUCGGCUACUUAGCUCCUGAAUAUGCAAUGACAGGUCAUCUUCUCGCCAAAAGUGAUGUUUACAGUUACGGAGUUGUACUCCUUGAGCUCCUAACCGGUAGAAAGCCUGUGGAUUUGUCACAACCAGCAGGUCAAGAAAAUCUCGUGACAUGGGUCCGUCCACUUCUCACGAGUGACGAAGGCUUGCAAACAAUCAUAGACCCAUUCGUAAAGCCAAACAUAUCCAUUGAUACUGUCGUAAAGGUUGCAGCGAUUGCUUCCAUGUGCGUUCAACCAGAAGUAUCUCAACGACCUUUCAUGGGAGAAGUUGUUCAAGCAUUGCAGCUUGUAUGCAGCGAAUUUGAGGAAACAAACUACGUAAGAUCAGGUAGUUUUCAAAAAGAGAGUCUUGUAACUAAUGUCGAAGGUAAGUUUUUCGAGGUUUCAGAUGAGAGAGUAGAGUUUUCGGAGUAUCAAAAAACACUUCAUGCCUAUCAAUCUGGUGAUGAAAAGUUAAGAUUAUCAGAUUCAGAGUUGCUCAGCACUUCAGGUCAAGAAUUUGAGUCAUUCAGGAGGCAAUCCACUUCAGGGCCUAUUACCACCGAGAAGAAAAGACAUUUCUGGAAAAAUUUGAGAGGUUUGUCUAAAGGUAGCACAAGUGAACAUGGAUUUUCAACUAAACUAUGGCCUGGAUCCCAUUAAGUCACCACUUCCUGAAAACAAAUAAUGAUGAAAAUGGACUUAUGUUUAUUACUGAGACAGAAGUUUAUGAUUUGGUUGCAUUUUCUUAUACUGUUAUAGAAAAAAUGGCAUAUUUUUUCAUGCUCAAAACCAAAAAGCAGCCAUCUUUGUUGGUUACAAACUUAUGGAGCAAAAUGAAUAAAAUUGUGUCCUUGUAUAAGCUAUUUUAUGUUACCAUUGAAUUAUAGAAACUUAUGGUGUAUCAUAUCUUUCCUAAGCUCCUAAAGUAAAUAGUCAAGCCAAUACAAAAGAACUUUAUUUUGAA